AUAGCUCAAGACGACAUGCUUCGAAGCUCCAAGCGCUUUCUAACCGAAUAGUCUGAGCGUCUUUUGUUAGUUCACGACCUGUACAUCAAGAAAAUAGAUCAUAACUCAGGACUACUCCCUUGAAAACGGUCAAGAAUGGAGGACCCAGCUGCWGGYGAAGAUGGCGAUGCCAUCAUGGGUAUUAGAAUAUUCAAAUUAGUMCUGUUUGGCAUCGUAUUGCUUGCUGGUUUAUUCCUCAACAUUUUGAUGUUCCUUGUGGUGACACGCAAGCGUGUAAGACAUAGAAGAACAGCGAAGAGUUUCAUWCGACUAAUACAGAACUUGGCAUGUGCUGAUCUGUUGUUCCUGUUCUUCACWAUCCCYUUUGAUUCGGCAUGGUGGUUGAACUCACCAACUGAAUUCCCAUAUGGAGGUGCUGCGUGCAAGAUCUUUUGGCCUCUUCAAAAYGCCUCCUUUGAAGCCAUAGCUCUGACAUACGUUUUGCUCAGCUUCCAUCGUACUUAUGGCAUCAAGCAGGCACUGUUUGCUCAGAUGAAUGACCUCUUUAUGAUGUUUAUUGUAUUYGUGAUAUGGAUUGGUAGYCUGUUGACUGUGCUGCCWUAUGUUAUAUUCCUAAAUUAYGACGCAGCCCGUCUGUCAUGCCAUGAGAUGUGGCCACUCCUGGAYGAUAGGCGUGCCUACAGCGGUGUUUUGUUUGUUGUACAGUACAUCCUGCCACUAAUGAUCUUGUUGACCAUGUACAUUGUUGGUAAACGGGAGCUUGAUGUUGCUGUAACAAGAGAUCAAGUGAAGGUACAGCGUAAAGCCAGGCACCGUAGAGUCAACUUUAUGCUGAUUAUUUACCUUUUGGUUUUUGCUUUUCUGUCUUUGCCUGAGCAUAUCUGCAGGUUCUUGUUGGAUUUCCAAGGCGCAAAUAUGAAGCCAUACUUCUUUGACAUCAUGAAACUGCUCUACGUCUUGCCUCUGUUGCUAACAAUUACAAACCCGAUUUUGUUCUUCAAAUUCAAUCAAGAAUUCAGGUCUGAUAUGUGGUACUUUCUGGGCUGUAAGUGUUGUAAAGGUAAAGAUGCUACAGAUGGUGGCCGCCGUACUUCAGCCUCGUUCUCAAUUGAACUGCCUCCACCUGGAGAAGCUAAAGUCCCAUACUCUGACAUCCACCAAGCUCCUUCAUCUGCUACAACAAUGGAAAGGGCACCUCAUGUUCGUGAUUCAGGCUCAAUAGGAGAGGCYACGUACCCAGGACGUGGAAGCAGACAACCAUCUCACCAAGGAAGUAUUUCUGGCAUGGGACCACGAAGUUCAAGUCAAGAACGAUUCUCAUAUCAUGGCAGCAGAGACCCGAUACCCAUGACAGAAAAACCUCCKCGCUCAACAUAUCCCGAAGGUCCACCUCGAACAGGAAGCCGUCAAGACAUACCACAGUAUUCAACCCGCUAUGGAAGUCGAGAGCAGCUUCCAGCUUAUGACCAGCCUAAAGGUUAUGACAGAUAUGGCAGUCAUGACUCACUUCCAAGAAAGGAGCCUUACCCGCCUCGUGGUAGCAGGGAGCCGUCUUAUCAUGGAAGCAGAGAUUCCUUGCCAAGGAAGGAACCUCCUCGAUAUGAAGAGCCKUACCGUGAUCCUCCCUACCGACCUCCUAGUCGAGAGUAUCUGAACCGAGAAGAUCGUCCUCCAUCCAGGGGCUCAAGAGGUUCCCGUGAAGCUCCCCCUUACAGACAAUCUAGUCGCGAAGAUCUCCGUCGCGAUGACUACGAUGACGAUGCUGACAGCGAUGCAGGCAGUGAAAUGUUGUAAGCCRGGGCAACUUCUAGAACUCUUUUAUAUCAUUUAAUCAGUGGUUUGCUGUGCAGUCCGGUUUAUAAUAUAGCUUUACCAUGCUCAGUUAAGUAAGAUUUAUAUACAGGCUGAUAUCAUGCAUUGUUUGCGCCAGUCAAGAAAAACACAAACAUAUAUAGGAAUAGGUAUUGUUUUGUGCGUCUUUMGUGUUAAGGUGAAGGAAACAUUUUUUUACCGUGUAAAAUGGCGGCCAAAUUUGUUGUUUUAUAAGUGUGCCACCCAAUACUUCGCAAGUGUUGAUAUAACACUAUUCACUAACAAUGUAAUUUACGCUAUAUAGCACUCGUUUCAUUAAAAGUCCCAACCUAACCUCCCUUGAAAUAUAAGCGGCUGGAAGUCGUCUCGACACACGCACAAAGACGCUUUAUCAACCAAAUUCCUAUGAGGGGUCUUAAUCAUGAUUUUUAGCCUUAUAUAUUUUCACAGCUGCAUUAUAAGCAAAAGCGUGUAAAAUAUUUUCAUGAAAUAGUUGUAGUUUUUUAGUAAGUAUGGUUUUGGUAGGUCUAGUACAAACACUAAAAAUACGAAUAGUGCAAAUAAGUGACUAUGAAAGCUUAUUAAGUGUGUGAUAGUCAGUUCCAAACAAAGACAACAUAAUAUAAUGUAUCCUGCAUUUAGAAAAAUGGUCAUCCAAGGGCUGUUAGAAUUAGUGCAUAUUUGAAUUAACAAUUUCACAGAUUUAGUUAKAUWUUUAGCAAYURUGCAACKWCCGCUAAAUCUUCAACGUUUUUAGUGUUUGUACCCUAGAAUGCCCUAGAAUUAUAACCAUUGCAAUCUGGAAAUGUAUAAAGAUGCCAAUAAUUGUAACUUUCUAAAUUUAAUAAACGAAAAUAAAAAAGUGUUUCAUCUCGA